AAAGCCAUCAAACAGAGUCGCAAACAAAGCAAAUCAAAAAAACUGAGUAGCUGCGAAUCAUCAGAUUGCUGUAAUUUUGAUUCAUAUCUGCCUGCAGAAACAAGAAACAUGGAAGACGUGUUAACAGAAUUACCACCACCUUCACGGUUCUUCUUAGAAGAUCUGAAUAACUUCACUCCACCCGCGCCUUCCCUACCGUCACCAUUUGUGUUGCUCUCAAAUCCAAUUUCAAAAACUCCACUUCGACCCUCUCUUCUGAUCAUUGCUAUUUCCCAACCAUCUUUAUACCUACUCCACUACUUAUCUUCAAAAACCCUAAUCGGAACCCUAGUGUUACCAGAAAUAUCACCUUCAGGGAACUCUAUUGAGCCUUCUCCCAAGGAUAAAUCUUGCAACCUUUAUGCCAUCAAUCAUUCUACUGAAUCCAUUAUUGUUGCCAACUUUCAAUAUUCAGUUUCUUCAGAGAGAACCCAUUUGAUUGCCAAAACUCUAAUUGGUCAACAGAUAAUUCCCGACCGUGUUUUGAUUUUUGAUUCUGUUCAACCCCGUAACUUCCGCGGUAGGAUCUCUACAGAUGAUACAUUUGCAAUGAAGCUAGAAACUGCUAAAGAAAGAAAAGGGGCACCGUUAUUGAAAAACUUGACCUAUUUUCCAUCAGGAAGUGUGAUAGAAGGGUUGGGUGCUGCUCUGCUGAGUCGAUGCCAGGUAAUGAAUAUCAGGGGAACUCUGUGUGUCGCGUGGCCAGAGCUGGGUGGUUCGGUAAUAUCGAUGCUUAAAGCUUUAUUGAUGAAAGAUGUAUUACCUGGUAUGGAACUGCACAUUGAUGCCAAUGGUGAAGGUGAAGGCUCGAGUCUUGGUUCUAGAAAUCAUUACCUAGAUUCUGAUUUGUAUACCUGAUGUUGGUCUGAAAUUUUCAGCAUGUUUUGCAUACUUUAGAAACCAAAGAGGCAGACAUAAGAAUUUGUUUCGUUUCUUGUAACACUAUUUGUAUAAUUUUAAGGAGUUGGUAACUUUUGCGAUCA